AAAAGGGUAGUCGAACAUUCUCAUUAUACUGUGCAUUUGGUUUUUUUUUUUUUUUAUUGUAAGCAAUAAUAAUCAGAAAUUAAAAGAGAGAAAAGAAAUAAGGAAGAACAUUUUCUUUCUCCUAAUCUCUCUGUCCACUCUCUGGUAGGCUCUGUGGUCUAUCACAAAACUUAGAUCAAGAUCAAGAUCAAAAUCGCUGCUUGCAGGUAUGUCAUCAUCUGAUAAGCCAGAAAUAGUUGAAAGGGAUGUUAAGGACAAGGCAGAUGACAAAGAAGACAAAGGUGGAUUUAUAGAAAAGGUCAAGGAUUUCAUUCAUGACAUUGGUGAGAAGAUUGAGGAAGCUAUCGGCUUUGGUAAGCCCACUGCAGAUGUAACUGGGAUUCACAUUCCUUCCAUCAAUCUUGAGAAAGCAGACAUUGUCGUUGAUGUCCUCGUAAAGAAUCCAAAUCCUGUUCCAAUCCCCCUCAUUGACAUUAACUACCUCAUCGAGAGUGAUGGAAGGAAACUUGUUUCAGGCUUGAUUCCAGAUGCUGGAACCAUCCAUGCACAUGGUGAGGAGACUGUCAAGAUACCAGUUACUUUGAUAUAUGAUGAUAUCAAAAGUACAUAUGAUGACAUUAAGCCUGGGAGCAUCAUUCCCUAUAGGAUAAAAGUAGAUCUCAUUGUUGAUGUUCCUGUUUUUGGAAGGUUAACUUUACCACUUGAGAAAACUGGAGAGAUCCCUAUACCUUACAAGCCUGAUAUUGAUCUGGAGAAGAUACACUUUGAGAGAUUCUCUUGGGAGGAAACUAUUGCAGUUCUUCAUUUGAAAUUGGAAAAUAAGAAUGACUUUGACUUGGGACUCAAUGCACUGGACUAUGAGGUAUGGCUAUCUGAGGUCAGUAUUGGAGCUGCAGAACUCCAAAAGUCCACCAAGAUCGACAAAAAUGGAAUCAGUUACAUUGAGAUUCCUAUGUCUUUCAGGCCAAAGGAUUUUGGAUCUGCCCUUUGGGACAUGAUUAGAGGAAAAGGAACAGGUUACUCUAUGAAAGGUCAUAUCAAUGUUGACACUCCUUUUGGAGCAAUGAAAUUACCCAUCAGCAAGGAGGGUGGCACAACCCGCCUUAAGAAGAACAAGGAAGAUGGUGGGGACGAUGAUGAUGAGGAUUAGAGCAAGAUUGACAGGGAUGGUUAUCUUGAUCAUCUUUUGUUUCAUUACAGAUAAGAGUUCAUCACAAUAAUAUUCUAAUAGAGUGUUGAAUUUAUUUAAGUUUUAGAUUGUGAUGGUAACAUGCAGAAUAAUUAUGGAAGAGAUGGUACCUAUAAAUUAUGCGUAUAUGUAUUAUGUAUGCCUGGGAUACGGAGGCUUGGUUUUUAUUUUGCGCAGCUACUGUGAAUCUGUGUUUGAAUUUACUGUUGUGACUGUUAUUUUCUUUUGAUAUGAUUCCAUGUGUUUUAUCUAUAA